GUUUAAUCCGCACAUUUCCCUCGGUGUUUUUCCGGGCGCUCCGUCCGUAUUCGUUUUUGUCCACAGGUAUUUUUCUCUCCUUGCUGAACUUCUUUCAGAGCAGCGGACAAAGUGAAGAGACGCUCGUCGAGCUUUCCGACAUGUCUGAGACAACAACCUGUUGAUGUUAACUCUUCGUGCCGUCAAUUAAGAAUGUGAAGUGAGCCACGAUGCCAAUUUCUGCUGAAAUCUUCCUCACUGCAGCGCUCUGCUCUGGAACCGUUGCCUCUUUGGACUUUCUGUCUACCAGCUUCCCGCCCACAGAGCCCUACACAGCACAGGGCUUCGUCUCCACCGUCCGAAACUUGACCAGUUUAACUGUCCAUCGCUGCACCUACAAAGAAGACUUCAAGCGCAUCUUACUCCCUGCUGUGUACAGCAUCGUCUUCAUGCUGGCUCUUCCUCUCAAUGCUACUGUUAUAUUGAAAAUAUUGAGGUCGCGACCCCAUCUGACCCGGAACAAGAUCUAUAUGCUUAAUUUGGCCACGGCCGACUUUUUUUACGUGCUGUCACUUCCCUUGCUUAUCUACAACUAUGGCAGCCAUGACUACUGGCCCUUUGGCGAGUUUACCUGUAAACUGGUCCGGUUUCAGUUCUACAGUAAUCUGCACGGCAGCAUUCUGUUCCUGACCUGCAUCAGUGUGCAGCGCUACAUGGGCAUUUGUCAUCCUUUGGCAGUGUGGCACAAGCAAGGCGGGCGCAGGCUAGCGUGGUGCAUAUGUGGAGCCGUGUGGGUGCUGGUUAUCCUCCUCUGUGCUCCAACUUUCCAUUUUGCUGCAACUGGAAUCCAGCGCAACCGCACAGUGUGUUACGAUCUCAGCCGCCCGGAUCAGUCCAUAGCCUACUACCCUUACGGCAUGGCUCUGACCUGUCUUGGCUUUGCGUUGCCCUUUAUUGGCGUGAUGUUGUGUUACUGCUGGAUGGCCUGCUUCCUCUGCCGCAAGGUUUCCUACCAAGACGUCUCCUCAGCUACCAGGAAGAAACGGGAGAAGGCGGUGAAAAUGAUCAUCGUGGUGGCGGUGGUGUUCUGCAUAAGCUUCCUGCCAUUUCACUUCACUAAGACGGCGUAUCUGUUAGUGCGUACGCUGCCCACUGCACCCUGUGAAAUGAUGAACCUGUUUUCAAUCAUCUACAAGAGCACCAGGCCGUUUGCCAGCAUGAACAGUUUUCUGGACCCCAUUCUGUUCUACUUCACUCAGCCGCGCUACCGCCAGAGCACCAGAAGGCUUGUGCUAAAGGUCACCAACUUAAGAAGCAAGGGCACGAGUGUUUAACUACAAAGAUCUGAAAUACUGCCAAAUAUGUUUAGACUACUGUGGUUACUUUUUUUUUUCUUCUCCUUCCAAAUGUCCUCAUGCCACCUCUAAUGUGACAUAUAGCGCUUGAAUUUACUGUGAUGAAGAAAUAAAAGUGCCAGUACAUUCAUAGAAUACAACCUAAAAAUGUAGACUGUCCUGUGGAUACUUGCAGAGCAUGACUAUGAAAGUCAUGAGAGCAAUGUGACUAAAGAACAGACCAAACAAUGCUUUUAUUUUAUGACAGUAAAUCAUUAAAAAAAAAAAGACAUUUAAUGUGAACAUGGACUUUGUGUUAAUUUUGUUUGAGGAAAUUAACAAGGUCAGGGUAAAAGUAAAAGGGUGAAUUCAUAUUUGUAAAUAUUUA